UCAGAGGUCCACGGGCGGGAUUCCGCAGGUUUGCUGCAAGGACUCAGUGCGGCGCGACCCGUUACCGGAGAGGCGGGCCGGAAGCGCACCAGCUCCGCCGCGCUGGUGGCUUUGCGCUCCCUCCGUGGCACUCCGUGGAGGAGGGCCGCGCAGGAGCAGCUUGCCCUAGCAUUCACGCGUGUUGCGUUUGAGUCGAGCCAGGCAUCAUUCAGGGAUGUGGUCUCCGUGACCUCGCUUUCCUUCUGCCGCCAGACCCACCUCCCACAAACCCCUAGGCUUUCUUGAGGAGAGUGGAAUUUGUUGGGUGAGGAGUAUGAAUAGAGCUGUCGUGUGCAGACAUCUUCGGGUUUAGUGAAUGUUUCACAUGUGUACAUUUGAGGUAGGCCCAGGGAGGAGGAAAGUCCAAGGAGGAAUGAUGUUUGGAGCUGUUCUUGUGUGGGAGGGGGCGGGAGCUGCUCAGGCUGUUAACAUUCAUUCCUCUGAGUGCUGGACUUUUUUUUUUCCUAAGCUCUGAUUGUAUAGAAUAGGGCCCAGGAGGUCAAGGAAGUCCCCCUGUAAAUGGCACCUGGGCUGUCCUACAGGUUGAGUCAAGUUAGCAGGAUAGAGGGGUAGGAGGCUGGCACAUAAGACUAACACGAGAAUUCUACAUUGAAAGGGAGGCCACACAAAGGCCAGGUAAGAGUUACCUGUGGCGAACAGAGGUAAAGCUUCACAAAGGAGCAGCAAUUUGAGGUGGGCUUGCGUGCCUGACAGAUUUUACAGGGCAGCUGUGGUGUGCAGAAGUUAGCCGCAAUAGAGAAUUUGGCAAUGGAGAGUAACAGGAGCAAGACUCUUUCAGCCUUACCUGCUCAGUGCCAAACUUCACCUCUCUUCCUAAGGAAUGGAAGCCCAGACUGCCUGGGAGGCAGGAGACCUCGUUUCCAGCUCCCGGCCCUUACUGCCGCUGCAAAUCCGAGACUGGCUAGAGACCAUUUGCUGCAGCGGACGUCGGAAAACGAGACCUCGCAGUUCAGGAGGCAGGAAAAAGACAUGCCCGCGCCCUCAUCCCAACAGCCCAGGCCCAAGCCAGCCCGGAGAGAAAAGACCUGAGGAGGUGGCCCUCGGGCUGCACCACCGCCUCCCAGCACUGGGAAGAGCCCUGGGGCACAGCAUUCAGCAACGAGCGACCUCCACAGCCAAGACUUGGUGGGACAGAUAUGAAGAGUUUGUUGGACUCAAUGAGGUUCGAGAGGCCCAGGGAAAGGUGACAGAGGCUGAGAAAGUGUUCAUGGUGGCUCGAGGGCUUGUCCGAGAGGCUCGGGAGGACUUGGAAGUUCACCAGGCCAAGCUGAAGGAGGUGAGGGACCGCUUGGACCGUGUCUCCAGGGAGGACAGUCAGUACUUGGAACUGGCUACUCUCGAGCACAGGAUGCUGCAGGAGGAAAAGAGGCUUCGCACAGCCUAUCUGCGUGCAGAAGACUCUGAGCGAGAGAAGUUCUCCCUCUUCUCUGCAGCUGUGCGGGAAAGUCAUGAGAAGGAGCGCACAAGGGCUGAGAGGACCAAGAACUGGUCUCUCAUUGGCUCAGUCCUGGGGGCCCUGAUUGGUGUGGCUGGCUCCACCUAUGUGAACCGUGUGCGACUACAGGAGCUGAAGGCUUUACUCCUGGAGGCACAGAAGGGGCCUGUGAGUCUCCAGGAGGCCAUUCGAGAACAGGCGUCCAGCUACUCCUGCCAGCAGAGGGACCUCCACAAUCUCAUGGUGGACUUGAGGGGCCUGGUACAUGCUGCUGGGCCAGGGCAGGACUCUGGGUCACAGGCAGGUACUCCCCCGACCAGAGAUAGAGAUGUAGAUGUCCUUUCAGCUGCCUUGAAAGAGCAGCUUAGUCAUUCCAGGCAAGUCCAUUCAUGUCUAGAAGGCUUACGAGAGCAGCUUGAUGGCCUAGAAAAGACUUGUAGCCAAAUGGCUGGGGUGGUUCAGCUUGUAAAGUCUGCAGCACACCCAGGCCUGGUGGAACCAGCAGACGGGGCUAUGCCCAGCUCUUUGCUGGAGCAGGGGAGCAUGAUCUUGGCACUGUCAGACACGGAGCAGAGACUAGAAGCCCAAGUCAACAGGAACACCAUCUAUAGCACCCUGGUCACCUGUGUGACAUUUGUGGCCACACUGCCUGUGCUCUACAUGCUAUUCAAAGCCAGCUAACCCCUGGCCCCUCCUCCAGAGGGUCUGAGGCAAUAGCUGUGAAUGUGGAUUUAAGUAGAGAAUCGUAGCAAUGAAGCGAGCCUUUGGGGGCGUGUACAACCUCAAUCUGAAGGAGCAGCAUCUGUGUGGCUCACCAGCAGGCACGCUUCGCUUUGUAGACAAGGUUCAUUUACAUUAAUUAUCAAAACUUUGUGCUAAUGUCCAAUUAAAAUAUCCUGAGUUUUAUUAUUUAAAA